GCGUAGAUGAGAAGAAACGCAAGCCCGGCUUUCUUUAUAAAGCGUUGACUCCGAUGCCAUGUCUUUGACAUACGGUUUUAUGGAAUUCACGUAGUUUGAAAUCUAUUGUUCAUAAAUUUUAUCAAUAACUUUAGGAGAAAGAUAAAGACAAGCAGCCCUAAAUGUCGGGGAGAUAGGACAUGAUGUCCGACACAAUGAGCGGAGUGAGGCAGUAUCAAUGGCUGGUCUGGACAGCCGUUGUAAUGUUGUGUCUCGAUUUGUGCUUCAAUUCUACAGUGUUGCUGUUCAGCCAUUCUACUCUAAUCAGCCUCGUAAUAUACAUAAUACAGGACGUGUGCCUGAUAUUUUCCAUCAUCUUAAUAUCAGUGGCGACAUUCUCCACGUCACUAUUGAAGAUGGGACUCCUGAAAGAAGCUGUGAGGAGAGUACGCUGGAGCGCGCUGGGGAUGUUGUCGUACCUCGCACUGUCCAUCGGCUUCCACACAGUGUCGCUGCAGCAGCAGUGGCAUGAAGGGGAUACGUAUGUUUGGAGCGAUCCAAUGCUUGCUUUCUUCUCCAUCCAGAGAAUCGCUGGAGGCAUCCACUACUACCUGUUCAAGAGGGCGCUCUUUAGACUCUCAGAUGAUAAAUUCUACCAAUGAUGGACUGUUGCAGUCUCCCCUUCGCCCGGUGUUCGUAGGACUUUUAGAGCCGAUGAUAAGUUCUGCAAUUAGUGGACUCCUGAAGCCCUCCCCACGAAGGCCACCAAAUCAGCAUAAUUAAAUUUGAUUUAUUUCA